AUGUCCCUUUCGCUGCACCUAUCCGGAUGGCCGGAGAACAGCGAGAGCCGGCAGCGAAUGCUCGAGAGCUCGUCGAGCUCCAAUUUUGUGCAGCACUUCGUCUCGAGAGAGGUACCUAAUUCAGUUUUCCACUGUUUUUUUUUUAGUCUCAACUCAAUUUCCUUGAGGUUUCCACCACCGAAAAGCUGCUCUGCUUGUUCCGAAGGUCGAAGAAUGGGCUCGUGCUGGCGUUGACGCCCCUCAUCUUUUGGCCACUGAUCCGACAGGGAACACCGGUCAGUUUUGAAAUGUGGACAAAUGAAUUGGAAUGUUGAGACGAACAUUUUGCUACUAGAAUGGAAAAAAUGUCACGAGAAACAUUUCGAUAGCCCCAACUUGAACAAUUUGAGCCAUUUGGACUCAAUGAUCGUACACUUUAAACUCAAAAUUUGAAGUCAGGACCUCCAAAAAAUCGAGAAUAGAUGCCAAAAACUACUAAAAACGAUAUCCAUCCAUGACGCCUUCUCAUUUCCUCAUUUCUUUUGCGCGGUUCGCCUUCGCUGAGCUCUCUCGUGCGUGCUCUUUUUUUUCGCAAUUCCUGACAUGACAAUUUCCCCCUCCGCUCUUUUCGUUCUCUUCUGUUCUCGCUACGUCACACCAGCCGCCCUUGAGCUCACUUUCAUCUCUCUCUCUCUCUCUUUUUCUCCCACUCUCACUCCCCUCUCUCUUUCUCUCUCUCUCUGUCUUUUUGCGGUCUAGAAGCGGAAAGAGGCUCCAGAAGAAUUUUAAAGAAAAAUUAGAAGCGGAGGGAUUAUUCGGGGGUGAAAAAUGAAUGGAUCACAUUUGAGUUUUGGUGCAAAAAAAAAAGUGGGGGGAGAAAACAAAGAAAAGUGGUCACAAGAAGCUUGCGGCACGAUGACGUUGUUGGCCAAUGGCUCUUUGUGCUCGGCGUGCUCGGUGAGCUCUCGAGCACCCGAAGCUUUAUGGCUUCCAUUUGGAUCUUUGUGACUGACUUCAAAUGCAAACAUCAUAUGUGAGGGAGGAAGAGGGAACGAAACUUCCAUCGGAAUAACACCCAUCUUGCUAUAAGUUUGACAUUUUGAAAGCUGUACGUCUUCUGAAGCGCCGAAGAUUCACAAAAACUCCGAAUUUGCUGCUCUACCCAAUAAUCCAAUCAAUUUAAUUGCAGGAAUGGAGGUGUGCCUACUGUGUGUGCGUGAUAGCUGUCUAUUGGAUGUCGGAAGUGAUGCCGCUCGCCGUCACCGCAAUGCUCCCCGUCGUUCUUUUCCCGUUGGUCGGCGUGCUCGAUGCGAAUACGACCGCCAAAGAGUACAUGAACGAUACGAAUUUUCUGUUCAUCGGUGGUCUCAUUAUGGCGGCGGCAGUCGAGAAGUGUGAUCUGCACGAGCGGGUCGCGUUGUCAGUGCUCAGAUGCGUCGGAAGUGAACCGAAAUGGUACGGAUCAGAGUUGAGCGGAAGAACACGGAAGAAUUUUUUUUUAUCUUUUUUAGAAAAUUUUUUCAUGAAAUGUGAUCAACUGACGAAAUGUAGAGCAAAGUGAACUCUGCGCAUAGAAAAAUAAUUGUAAAUUUAGCGUUUCAUACAAAAAAGUUAUUCGAGGGCGAACGGGGAAGACGGAAGAUUUAAAUUUACAAAUUUACAAUUAUUUUUUUAUGAGCACAGUUCACUUUGCUAUACAUUUCGUCAGUUGAUCACAUUUCAUGAAAAAAUUUUACAUAACUGACCCACUUUUCUGCAGGAUAAUGUUGGGUUUUAUGACGGUGACCGCUCUCCUCAGCAGUUUCAUCUCCAACACCGCCACGACAGCAAUGAUGGUCCCGAUUGGACAGUCGGUCGUCUCUCAGCUCAUCUCCUCCUUUCAACAUCAUCCGACCAACGGGUAAGAAGAGAACAUGAACGUCUUCUAGCCUUUUUAAAGGUGGUGUCCAACGUGACAUACAACAUGUUUUUAAAAUAAACUUCGAAGUGGGGCAUUCACUUUCCCAAAGUCCCGAAUUACGAAAAAAAUUCCCAGAUUGUUAAGAUUUUUUUCAAAAAAGUUAAUGGUACCGAGAGAAGUAGGCGGCGAAAUGGAAGAGCUGGCCUAGAUUUUUCUAGUCCCCGGAUGGAAUUCCCCUUUCUUCCGAUUUUUUUCCGUUUUCGUGCAAUUUUCUUAAAUUUUCAAUCGUUUUUUCACUGAACACAUUUAUUUGCAAUAUUUAAAAAACCUUUUGAUUUUUUCUGUGCCGUGACGCCAAAAAAAUCGAUAAUCUGAAACUUUCAAAAUUCAGCAAAAUUCAGAAAUUCAGCCACUUUUUGUAAAACUGAAAAUAGGAAGUUUUGGAUUUUUUCCUUACUUUGAAAAAUAUAACUCUGUAACUCGCAAACUUUAAUUUAGACUCAGGAAAUGAUUGAGCGAUCUCUUUCUAUUUAUUUUUCAGCGCGCAAACCGAAGAUUGAGCGAAAAACCCGGAAAAACAAAAAAAAAGUUUCAGAUAAUCGAUUUUUUUGGCGUCACGGCACAGAAAAAAUCAUAAAUUUUUUUUAAUAUUGCAAAUAAAUGUGUUCAGUGAAAAAACGAUUGAAAAUUUAAGAAAAUUGCACGAUAACGGAAAAAUUCGGAAGAAAGGGGAAUUCCAUCCGGGGACUAGAAAAAUCUAGGCCAGCUCUUCCAUUUCGCCGUGUACUUCUCUCGGUACCAUUAACUUUUUUGAAAAAAAUCUUAAAAAUCUGGGAAUUUUUUUUCGUAAUUCGGGACUUUGGGAAAGUGAAUGCCCCACUUCGAAGUUUAUUUUAAAAAUAUGUUGUAUGUCACGUUGGACACCACCUUUAAAUGUCUUCAGAAGUCAGAAAAAUUUGCUGCUCUGUUUGUAAUCAAAAUGCACAUGUUUUCAGAGAGCGUGGACGUCAAGGCUGCAAAAAAAUGGCGACCGGACUCGUGCUCUCCAUCUGUUUCGCCGCCAACAUUGGCGGCACUGGCACGGCGACAGGCACUCCGAGUAACCUCGUCAUGUUGGGACAAUUGAAUGCGUCAGUUUGACCUCAACUUUCUUUUUUUUUGUUGCAAAUCUCAAAGUAACACUAUUCCAGACUUUUCCCGAAAGUCGACGGAUCUUUGAACUACGUGACGUGGAUCUUCUUCGCCUAUCCGCUCAUGAUUUUGUGUUUGGCAGUCGCGUGGAUGACCCUUGUCUGGUUCUUUUUGAAGUUGGCAAUUCACAAUCUUCGAAUCAAUAUCAAUUUUUGUUUCAGAGACGCGCCGGAGAAGGACGAAGCGGUGACGGAGAUGCUCAAAACGCGGUACGACGAGUUGCCGCGUAUGACGUACGCCGAGAAAUCGGUGUUCGUCUGCUUCUCGGUGCUCCUCUCGCUCUGGAUCUUCCGCAAUCCGGGCAUCGUGCCCGGAUUCGGCUCCUUCUUCAAAAAAGGCGCCUACACCGAUGCGACGUCCGCAAUGAUCGUCGCCUUUUUGCUGUUCGUUCUGCCCUCCGAGAAGCCGGAUUUGUCGAAUUACAUCAAGAAAGAGGAGCUGAAAAAGAGGGGGUGUCUGAUGGAUUGGAAGACGAUGCAGGAGACGUUUCCGUGGAGUGUCGUACUGCUUCUCGGCGGAGGAUUCGCGUUGGCCGCCGGAGUUAAAGAGUCCGGACUGUCGCUUCUGAUCGGAAACGAACUGUCGUCGAUCGAGCACCUGCCGCUGUGGAUGCUCCAACUUUUGACAAUGUUCAUCGCGAUGCUCAUCACGAACAUUUGCUCCAACACCGUCACCGCCUCGAUUUUCGUGCCGAUUGUCGCCACGUUGGCUCAGAGGGCCGGAUAUCAUCCGUUCACUUUGAUGCUCCCCACCACGCUCGCCUCUUCGUUCGCCUUUAUUUUCCCCGUCGGCACGCCGCCGAAUGCCAUCGUGUUCGGAAGUGGAAUGGUCAAGGUUUCCGAUAUGGUACGUCCAUUUAUUCAAUGGGUGCAAGUGCGCCCCGCCCAAUAGAGCGAUAGAUUGGCGCGAAAUUCAAAUUUUAACAGCAAAAUUUGUGUUUUUUGCCAGAUUAGCCACCAAAAACCGAUAAUUUCUCAUUUGUCUCUCGAUAGACCGAUUGUAUAGGCUAUUACGAAUUUUUUAAGCGCAAGAGCGUUAAUUUUGGUCAAGUCGCAAAUCACAUUUAUCCGUUUGAAGGUUUUUGGCUAAAAUUUCCUGAAUUUCAGUUGCUUUUCGGUAGUUUUCGCGGUUCGAGCGCUCAAAAUGCUUGUAUUUACGUGAUUUAUCAUUCGCAAAACCAAUUCUGUCUGAAAACGGUCAAGAAAGCGCAAAAUGAGAAGUGCGCUUUUUAGGCGGCGAUCGGCGGCGAAGGCGAAAAAGCAAAGUUCGCGAAAAAAGCGCCAAAACGUCAUUAAUUCUGAGAAUUAGUGUGUCUUCAUGGCGAACAAUCAUUUUUCAUCGCCGUUGACCACAAAAAUCAGAGAAAACCUGCUCAAUUCAUGAAAACGCCUUUUGGCCGCCGAGGCCACGCCCCUAUUGUCAGCUCUGGAGACCGUGGCGGUUUUGCAAAACAUUUUUCAGAAAUGUUUAGUAUGCGCCUUUAACAGUACAGUACCCAGAAGAUUACCGUAGGCUUGAAGACGUAAACUGUUUGGGGCAAUAGAAAAGUGCUCUGAAACUUUAUUGGAGUAAUUUUACUAGGAAAGCACAUGUUUCACAUCAUUUUCCAGGCGUUCGUUGGCGGAAUCAUCUCGAUGGAACUGCUCGUACUCACCGUCUUCUACAUGAACAGCAUCGCCUACCUCACCCUGCCGCUGCUCGAUUUCCCCGCGUGGGCGAUUCUCGACAACUCUACAAUACCAGUUGCCUAG